UCCGCGCCACAUUACACCGUUUGUUCCGCGUCUCCGCCGCGCUCUGAUCUCACACACACCGACAAACAGAGACGCGAAGAAACACAACAAAAGCGCGCAGAAGAGCAGAGCACGCGCGACGCGGGGAGAGGGACGGGGGAAGGGUUCGGAAGCGACCGGGCAUUUCUCCCGUGAGCGGAAGGAGAUGGACGAGACGUCGCGGUCACACUGAAGCGCAGAAACACAGAAACAAUCAAAUCGAUGAAAAACCGCGGCGGAGCUCCAGCGCGAGGAAUCCGAAUCACAGACGCGCGCGGCCGGAGCGAUGCGAGCGGCGCGGCGCGGCUAAGCGUUGAAGAUGGGUGCCGUGCUACAGAGUCUCUUACUGUGCACUUUGUGUUUGCAGAUUCGCGGCCUGCCGCUGCUCUUGUAUGCGAACCGAAGGGACUUGCGUCUGGUGGACGCGGCUCGGGGUCGAGGGAACGCCUCGGUGCUGGUCAGCGGUCUGGAGGACGCGGCGGCUGUGGAUUAUGUUUACGAGCAGGGACUGAUUUACUGGAGCGACGUGAGCGAGGAGGCCAUCAAACGCACACUGUUUAACGGGUCAGCGCCCAGCGGGCUCCAGAGUACGGUCGUGUCCGGUCUGGCCUCUCCGGACGGCCUGGCCUGUGACUGGAUGGGGAACAAGCUCUACUGGACCGACUCAGAGACCAACCGGAUCGAAGUAGCGGAGCUGGACGGGACAAACAGGAAGGUGUUGUUCUGGCAGGAUCUGGACCAGCCGAGGGCCAUCGCUCUGGACCCCAACCGAGGGUACAUGUUUUGGACUGAUUGGGGUGAGAUCCCGAAGAUCGAGCGCGCUGGGAUGGACGGGACGCAUCGCUCGGUCAUCAUCGACUCGGAGAUCUACUGGCCCAACGGCCUGACGCUGGACUACGAGCUGAAGAAACUCUACUGGGCCGACGCCAAGUUCAGCUUCAUCCACCGCUCCGAGCUGGACGGAUCACACAGGGAGGUGGUGGUGAAGGGCUCGCUGCCGCACCCGUUCGCACUGACGCUGUACGAGGACACACUCUUCUGGACGGACUGGAACACACACUCCAUCCACGCCUGCCUCAAACACACCGGAGAGAACAGCCACGAGAUACACACCAACAUCUUCUCACCCAUGGACCUACACGUCUACAGCCAGAAGCGCCAGCCGCUGGAUGUGACGAGUCCCUGUGCGCUGAAGAAUGGAGGAUGUUCUCAUCUGUGUCUGCUGUCUCCGGUCAAACCUUAUUACCAGUGCGCCUGUCCAACCGGCGUCCAGCUGCUGGACGACAACCAGACCUGCAGAGACGGUGCCUCUCAGCUGCUGCUGCUGGCGCGGCGCACAGACCUGCGGCGGAUCUCUCUGGACACGCCGGACUUCACCGACAUCGUGCUGCAGACCGACGACAUCCGACACGCCAUCGCCAUCGACUACGACCCGGUGGAGGGUCACAUCUACUGGACGGACGACGAGGUGCAGGCCAUCCGCAGGUCCUUCCUGGACGGCAGCGAGGCUCAGUUCCUGGUGACCUCACAGGUCAGUCAUCCGGACGGGAUCGCCGUGGACUGGAUCGCACGGAAUCUGUACUGGACGGACACCGGCACGGACCGCAUCGAGGUGACCCGUCUGAACGGCUCCAUGAGGAAGAUCCUGAUCUCGGAGGAUCUGGACGAGCCCAGGGCCCUCGCUCUGGACCCUGUCUCCGGGUUCAUGUACUGGACAGACUGGGGUGAAGUGCCGAAGAUCGAGCGGGCGGCUCUGGACGGGACGGAGCGUCUGGUGCUGGUCAACACGUCUCUGGGAUGGCCCAACGGACUGGCGCUGGACUACAGCCAGAGGAAGAUCUACUGGGGAGACGCCAAGACCGACGUCAUCGAGGUGAUGGAGAUGGACGGAUCGGGUCGGAGGGUGUUGGUGGAUGAUAACCUGCCGCACAUCUUCGGCUUCACGCUGCUGGGCGACUACAUCUACUGGACGGACUGGCAGCGGCGCAGCAUCGAGCGCGUGCACAAACUCAGCCUGGAGCGCGAGGUGAUCGUCGACCAGCUGCCUGACCUCAUGGGGAUCAAGGCCACACACGUCCACCAGACCUUCGGUGUGAACCCGUGUGCGCACGCUAACGGCGGCUGCAGUCACCUGUGUCUCUAUAAGCCGCAGGGCGUGUCGUGUGCGUGUCCCAUCGGUCUGGAGCUCAUGGCCGAUCUGAGCACCUGCAUCAUCCCUGAGGCCUUCCUGCUGUUCUCCCGCCACACGGACAUCAGGCGCAUCUCGCUGGAGACCAACAACAACAACGUAGCCAUUCCUCUCACCGGCGUCAAAGAAGCGUCCGCACUCGACUUCGACAUCACUGACAACCGCAUCUACUGGACCGAUAUUACACUGAAGACCAUCAGUCGUGCGUUCAUGAACGGCAGCGCUCUGGAGCACGUGGUGGAGUUCGGUCUGGACUAUCCCGAGGGAAUGGCUGUGGACUGGCUGGGAAAGAACCUGUACUGGGCCGACACCGGGACCAACCGCAUCGAGGUGGCCAAACUGGACGGGCAGCACAGACAGGUUCUGGUGUGGAAGGAUCUGGACAGCCCUCGAGCACUGGCACUGGACCCAGCCGAGGGCUUCAUGUACUGGACGGAGUGGGGUGGACAUCCGAAGAUCGACCGCUCAGCCAUGGACGGAUCUGGACGCAUCACUCUGGUGCCGAACGUGGGUCGAGCGAACGGACUGACCAUCGAUUAUGCCGAGCGCCGGCUGUACUGGACAGACCUGGACACCACGCUGAUCGAGUCCUCCAACAUGAUGGGUCUGGAGCGUGAGGUCAUCGCUGACGAUCUGCCGCAUCCGUUCGGACUCACACAGUACCAGGACUACAUCUACUGGACCGACUGGAGCCAGCGCAGCAUCGAACGAGCCAACAAGACCAGCGGACAGAACCGCACCGUCAUACAGGGACACCUGGACUACGUCAUGGACAUCCUGGUGUUCCACUCGUCCAGACAGAGCGGCUGGAACGCCUGCGCCUCCACCAACGGACACUGCUCACACCUGUGUCUCGCUGUUCCUGUCAGCAGCUUCAGGUGCGGCUGCCCUGCACACUACUCCCUCAACCAGGACAACAAGACCUGCAGCGCGCCCACAUCCUUCCUGCUGUUCAGUCAGAAGACGGCCAUCAAUCGUAUGGUCAUGGACGAGCUGCAGAGUCCUGACAUCAUGCUGCCCAUCCACAGCCUGAGAAACGUGCGCUCCAUCGACUACGACCCGCUCGAGCGCCAGCUGUACUGGAUCGACUCCAAGCAGAACGCCAUCCGCCGCGCGCAGCAGGACGGGAACCAGAGCGUGACGGUGGUGUCCGGCGCGAGCCUCGGCCUGCAGCCCUUCGACCUCAGCAUCGACGUCUACAGCCGCUUCAUCUACUGGACCAGCGAACUGACCAACGUCAUCAACGUGACGCGCACAGACGGCUCCCGGGUCGGAGUGGUGCUGCGCGGGGAACACGACCGACCGCGCGCCAUCGUGGUCAAUCCUGAGCGAGGGUACAUGUACUUCACUAAUCUGCAGGAGCGCUCCCCGAAGAUCGAGCGCGCCGCUCUGGACGGGACGGAGCGCGAGGUGCUGUUCUUCAGUAAUCUGGGGAAGCCGGUCGCUCUGGCCGUCGACAACGAGCUGGGAAAACUCUUCUGGGCCGACAUGGACCUGAGGCGCAUCGAGAGCAGCGACCUGUCCGGAGCCAAUCGGAUCGUGAUCGAGGACUCCAACAUCCUGCAGCCGGUGGGUCUGACGGUGUUCGGGAACUUCCUGUACUGGAUCGACCGGCAGCAGCAGAUGAUCGAGCGCAUCCAUAAGAUCACACAUGAGGGACGCACCAAGAUCCAGGCGCGCAUCGCCUCUCUGAGCGACAUCCACGCCGUCCGCCAGCUCCACAUGGACGAGUACAAUAAACACCCCUGCACCUCUGAGAACGGCGGCUGCUCACACAUCUGCAUCGUGAAGGGAGACGGAUCGACGCGCUGCUCCUGUCCCGUUCACCUGGUGCUGCUGCAGGACGAGCUCUCCUGCGGAGAGCCGCCCACGUGUUCUCCGGAGCAGUUCUCGUGUGUGUCCGGCGAGGUGGACUGCAUCCCUCAGGCCUGGCGCUGCGACGGCUUCUCUGAGUGUGACGACGGCAGUGACGAGCGAGACUGUCCCGUCUGCUCCGAACACCAGUUCCAGUGCGACAGCAAGCAGUGUGUGGACGUUACUCUGCGCUGCAACGGAGAGAUCGACUGCCAGGACCGAUCCGACGAGAACCAGUGUGAAGUGCUCUGUCCCGUGGAUCAGUUCACCUGCACCGACGGCCAGUGCAUCGGGCGGCACAAGAAGUGUGACCACAACACGGACUGCACGGACAACUCUGACGAGAUCGGCUGCUACGCCACAGAAGAGCCGUCCUUCUCUCCCUCGAACACCAUCGGCUCUAUCGUGGGGGUGGUGAUGGUGCUGUUCGUGGUGGGGGCCGUGUAUUUCGUGUGCCAGCGUGUCCUGUGUCCUCAGAUGAAGGACGACGGCGAGACCAUGACCAAUGACUUCGUGGUGCACGGGCCGGCGCCGGUGCCUCUGGGAUACGUGCCUCACCCCGGCUCUCUGACCGGCUCGCUGCCAGGCAUGUCUCGUGGGAAGUCGGUCAUCGGCUCGCUGAGCAUCAUGGGAGGCAGCAGCGGUCCUCCGUAUGACCGAGCACAUGUGACCGGAGCCUCGUCCAGCAGCUCGUCCAGCAGCAAGGGCACAUUCUUCCCUCCGAUCCUGAAUCCCCCCCCGUCUCCCGCCACAGUGAGGUCACAGUACACGAUGGAGUUCGGUUACUCCUCGAACAGUCCGUCGACGCACCGAUCGUACAGCUACAGACCGUACAGUUACCGUCACUUCGCCCCCCCGACGACGCCCUGCAGCACAGACGUGUGUGACAGCGACUACACCCCGGGCCGAAGAGCUCCGCACGCGUCCAGCGCCGCGGUCAAGGGCUACACGAGUGACCUGAACUACGACUCUGAGCCGCUGCCGCCGCCGCCCACCCCUCGGAGCCAGUACCUGUCUGCAGAGGAGAACUGUGAGAGCUGCCCACCCUCGCCCUUCACAGAGCGCAGCUACUCACACCACCUGUACCCACCUCCACCCUCGCCCUGCACAGACUCGUCCUGAGCCCGCCCACUGCUGCAUAAGCCCCGCCCUCUACAGACUCGUCCUGAGCCCCGCCCACCGCUGCGUAAGCCCCGCCCUGCACGGAUUUAACCUGAGCCACGCCCACUGCUGUGUAAGCCCCGCCCCACACGCAUUGAGUCACUCCUACCACAGUGGAAGCCUUGCCAUGAGCCCCGCCCUCGACUUCACAAAGCCCCACCCUUCAUGUAUUUGUCCUGUGCCCCGCCUACCACCACUUAAAGCCCCACCCACCCCACAGUAAGCACCGCCUACACUGACUAGUUCCGAGCCCCCCUGCAUACGCUGAAAAAAAUAUAUAUUAAUAAUUUUGUCUUGUUUUCUGUUAUAAACAUAAAAAAAAAAAAAAAAAUUUGAAUCAAGAUGCAUUUACUUUACAAAAAAUUAUCUUAAUUCAAAGGCCAAACAAGAUUACUUUUCUUGGUGCAUUGGCAGAUAUUUUUGCUUGUUUUAAGCAAACACUAACUCAAUUUUUCUACUUUUUUCAGAAAACAAGACUGAAUAUCUUAAGCCACUGAUUCAAGAUUGUUUAGAUGUUUAUACUAGAAAACGACAAACAUAUCAAGAAAAUCUGUUUUUGAAGUGUAAGCCCCGCCCACCAUGUAAGCCCCGCCCAUGGCAUCCGUGUACACAUCUGAUGGCGUGAUGACUCUGACACGUGGGUGUCUGUCUCGGUCUGGAGGCUCUCUGUACAUUUAAAAGAAAAAGAAAGCAUAUUUAUAUAUUUUCUAUACAGUGUUUAUUGGUUAUGCCAUAGAGCUUUGUAUUAAAAGAAAUUUGUAAAAAAAAAAAAAAAAUUUUUAAAGAGAAAAUUUUAUUAAAUCCACACUGACGUGAUGCGUUGCCUUAAUCCAGGAGUUUAGAAUCAAACGUGUUCAUGCCAAAUAGAUGGAGCGGCCCGUCGCCCCCUGCAGGCUCGGAGCAGCAGCACACUGUGACCUGAAACUCAAUGAUGGUACUCAUAUUUUUCUACUAUUUUUGUAUUGGAGACGUCACAGAUGCGGACGAACUUCAGCGGCGCUUUAGGAAACGAGCAGGAAGUGAUGCGAUCCGCACUGCUCACAAUCACGGACCACUUCUCGUGCCUGACCGCUUUUUACAAGACGCUUGGAACCAUUUUUCACUUUUUUUAAAUCUCAGUGCCCACAAAAGGUCAAUUAUUUUUGUACCAUAUACUGUGUAGAUACUGUAUUUAUAAGCUAUAAAGAAGAAUCUUCAUCAUCCUCAUCCUCAUGUCCUUGCAGUUCUGCUGUCUUGUUACGCCCCGCCAGUGAGUGUGUGUGUGUGUGUGUGUAAGUGUGCAAGUUCCUCUAGUGUCUACAGCUGUUAAGUUUCCCAUAAUGCAUCUGUUUCUGUGUAGCACUUCUUCUUGAGCUUUUAUAAAGGGAGACUCACCAGCACAAACUUCCUGUAUUACCCAGCAUGCAUCAGUCCUAAUUGUGUUGGUGUGUGUCACACGCUGCCUUCAGAUCGUCUCCAUGUUCACGAAAGCAGCUUCAGUUCAGUCACAGAUGUGUGUCAGAAACAGCUUUUCCAAAUCUCUCAUGUCCCAAACCUCCCUUUAAUUUCCCGAUCUCCAAGGGCUUCUGGGUAAUGCCAUGUUUUUAGUUCCUUUAUGAUUCUGCUCACACCAGCGUUUCCAUUUUCUUAACUGCACUUUACAGGACCGGUUCAGAUUGUGUGUGUGUGUGUGUGUGUGUGAGGAUCCGUGUACAGGAAGCAGCCGGUGGUCACUGUCAGUUAGACUCAUCAGUGCAGUGUUCGUGGCAGAGUUUGACCUCUGACCCCGUGUGCUGGAGUUGUAGGGAAAUGUCUAAAGCACUUUGAAAGAGUGAGCCGAUUAAUUCACUACAGAAUCACUUUAAAUGUUUCACUUUCAUAACUGCAGGUUUUGGUCAUUGUUGCUGGUUUUUAGUUCCCAUGGUGCUUUGCGAGGAUGUGUUCACAGAUGACCAACAUUUGGUUUCUCAUCAGUCAUGUUUCACUCACUCAAUGCUUUCAUGUAAAACAUUGUACAAACCGGAUGUGUACAGCUUCAGUUGCGUCUCGAAGCUGAUGUGACAAAUGAAAUUCUUUUUUUUUUCUUUUUUUUAAUAAAACUGAGUGAACUUUUCA